CUGUUUCCUUGCAGGAAAACAUCUCAUUGUGUGCAAUCGAAUGCCACGCUCAGUCAGCAGCAGCAGAGACGAUCAUCCCAGGGUUCAAGUUCCUCAUCGAAUGGGCCGUGCAACAUGUACUCUCAGCAACAAACGGCAAGCCCCUCUCGCACUGCUCCUGGCCCUCCUCCAGCUCCUUCCGUUCCGCAAGUUCCUAUCCCUACGUCAAACUGCCCUCCUGCUGCGCCUCCACCACCACCUGCAAAUGCUGCGCCUCCACCGCCGCCUCCUCCUCCACCUAAUCUUUUGAAGAGCGAUGCAUCUCGAGGAACAAGUUUGGUCGACCAGCUCCGAGGAGCACAGCUGAAGAAGACGAGUGCAGCGAAGGAAAUCCGUUCAGUUUCCAUCGCAGAUCCUUCUUCGGUCUCUGGUUCCAAUGUGGCAGGGUCUUCGCAUGGAGAUUUGCUCUCUGAACUCGCUGCUACAUUCAACAGGAAAAAAAUUACUCAGGCAAAAGCGGAUGCGGCUGAUUCAAAAUCGAAUGCCAGCAACGGUUCAUCAGAUAGUGGAUGCGGUACAAUUCCACCCGUUAAUGGGUUUGCUGCACCAGCCGUGGGUAAUGUACCUCGUAAAUGGGAAACUGUAAAAACGAAUGGUAAUAUGGAUAGCCCCAAAACUCAUAGAAAAGUUCCGUCGGGAUCCUCUAUCUCCUCGCAGGAAGAAUUGAAAGUAAAUGGGACGUCAGUAGCUGGAUCAGUUAUAACUCCAGAAUUUCUCGAAAGGUUCAAGGCCGACCUCAUGGUUGAGGUGCGUUUAGAAAUUAACAAAGCGAAGGAGGACAUUAUCGAGGCAUUUCGAAGUGAACUGGCUCGUCGAUAG